AUGUCGUCGCACGUCGUGGUCAUCGCCACGGAUCUGAGGCGCACCACGAUCAAAGUCAGCCCCGGCACCUACUUGUCGGAUGUCCUCGCUGAAGCUUGCAAGAAGCUUGGCCUAGACGGGGACAAGUAUCUGAUUAAACACAAGCAGAAGCAAGUCGAUCUCUCCAUACCGUUCCGCACCUCUGGCCUCCUCGCCGGCGCCAAGCUGGAGCUUGUGCAAAAGUCCAAAUCCCCAUCAGCCGUUCAAAUCGCCCUGCAGGUCCCCCAACCAGAGGCCAAAGAAAUCCCUGGUGGCCGACUGAUCAAGAAGUUUCCCUCCGACUUGUCAAUAUGGCAGGUGCUGCGACAGUUUGAGAGCGGCGAGGCGAGCGCGGGGAAGAACAUCAAUAUUACGGCCAGAGGCGUGGCCCAGACGGUCAACAGCGAGAACUCUGGCGCCGGUCAGCUAUAUUAUGAGACGCCAGUCUUGAAUAUCAUGGGCCGGGAGCUUGGGUCGUUUGCUGACUUUCAGAAAUCCUUGUCGCAGCUGGGACACAACUCUGGAAAUGUCCUAAUACGGCUAUCGUUCAGAAGGACUGACCAAACGCUAUAUGAGGCGAUGGAACAAAUAGGAACCUUUUUCAAAGAAGAAGAGAAGGAGAAGCGGGAGGAGAAGGAAAAUGCGGCUCCAAGCGUCUCUGAGGACAAGCCUCAAGAUCUACCCACAGAUGGAGAUGUACCCAUGACUGAAGCUCUAACCGAGACUAUCAAUAACACGGCCGAAGCGCAGCAAGAGGCAGCUCCCGAAGCUACACAAGACUCAACAGCAUCAAUACAAUCCGAAACGAAUAACUCGGAUCCCCAGUUACGCUUGGAACCUGUCAAUGUCUUCCUCGCUCCUACAAACUCAACACCUGCUGCCGCUCUUGCCCCAGUCGACGAAAGUGAUUUCACACCCACUAUCGCCCAGGCUCAACUACAUCAGGCCCGCCUACUAGAAAGCUCCAGGAACAAAAGACUGUUGUCUGACAGAGAAAUUGAAGAAAAGGAGGCGGCUGAGCGGGCCAAGAUUGAUGCCGUCAAGUCUGUGCUCAUCAAGGUGCGGUUCCCAGACAAUACCAGCAGCGAUUGGCAAGUUGGCCCGUCAGAUACCGGCGCGUUCUUGUACCAGGCCGUUCGGCAUGUCAUGGCCAACAAUGGCCAGUCGUUCCACCUUGUCAUCCCCGGAAGCAAGACCGUAAUCAAGGAUGAUGACACCCCUAAGCACAACCUCAUCCGGGCGUAUAAGCUCUCAGGCAGAGUCCUUGUAAGCUUAGUGUGGAAUGAUGACGUGCCGAAAGAAGCCCGGAAACAGCCCUUCCUCAAGGCCAACUUUGCCCAGCAGGGACAGGCCAUCAAGGUGCCCGAGAUACCUACCAUUGAGGACGAUAAAGCUGGGCCAUCAGCGGUACCGCAGGUUCAAAAAGCUCCGGCGAAGGAGGGCGGCGAUGGCUCUGGAAAGAAGAUGCCCAAAUGGCUGAAACUUGGGAAGAAAUAG